ACUUACAGUUUUUUAAUUAUGCUUUUAAUUACUUAAUUAUUAGUUUAUAAAUGUUUUUAAUUCAGGCUUUCGUUCAAAAUGUAAACUAUAAUUAAAACGGCAUAGGUAGUCGCCCUUAUUUAGUCCAACGAAAAUGUUCUAAGUAUAUAAUUCUAUUUAGCCAUCGUAGUUGCACUAUUUGGGUCAACGGGUUGGAGGCCCUUAAUAAGCCAGUUGUGCUAUCGUAAAAAACGUUUAAGCAUUUCAGCGUUUCUAAAUAAUUAUUUAGCAAUAUGUUAAUUUACGACCUGCUGCUCUAAACACGUGUAUAAUGACUUGAACGUCGCCAUGACAGACCCAUACACCCCGCUCUCCAGCGGAUCCAUAAUACCCCUAUAUGGAAACAGAACCCCAGACGGUUUCCAUGCAAACACAGCAAAUCACAGAAAGUUUAAUUAAGGUUUGACGUGUCAUACCUUGUCUUCGUGUUAGUGGCUCAAUUCUGCGGCGACAUUUUAUUGUUGCACAAAAAUUUCCACAACAUUUUCGAAUAUUUUCAGUUUUGCAUUAUUGUAUUCAAAAAUGAAUGUUAAAUGGAAAAAUCAAUAACAAUUAUAUAUAUAUAUAUGUUUCUCUUUUCUUUUUUCUUUUUCGUGUAUGAUAUGUUUGCCAUAAAUUAUAGUGACACAUAUUGUUGAAUGUUUUUCAGUUUCCCUACAUAAAUUUGUUAUUUUUUUGUUAGUAAGGUAUUAAAAUACUUUUUUUUUUUUAAUACAAUUGUUUUUUGCAUGCCUGCUCAAAAAUUGCAGCAAUUAUUUUGUUUACUUUCUGUUUCUGUUUUCGAUAUUUAUUUUGCACAACUUGCUUUAUUUGCACUUCUAUGCAGUGUGUUUGGUUCAAUUUUUUUUUGUUCUUUAGAUGCAAAACAGUGGCGUGUGAGUGUGUGUGACUCAUUGAUUCGAUACGUAGAUGUGUGUGCGAUGCUUUAAACUGCUAUUUAUAAACCAGCAAUAGCUUCGUCUUCGACUCAGUUGGGUUUUGCUUAGCGAGUUCUCCCGCUCUCAGGGCUCAUUCAUCCGUCGAAGCGCCAGGCCGUAUCUAUGUGAGUGCGGACUGCGGAUGUGUUAGUGGGUAUUUGGAGGAGCUUAAGUGUGAGCGAGGCAUUCGCGCACACACACCACCAAAUGGGGGGCUGGUGCACGUGGUAGCGAAACGUGAUAACACAAAAUACAACAACUGACAACAAAACAAACAGAAAACCUGACAACGCUGCCGCCACAGCCAGCGUCGCUGCCGACGUAGCCCACUGCCUCUGCCCGCGUUGGCAGAACUCUCCGGAUUGGUUCCCUUUUCUCGAUUUUUCCGGCAUAUAAGCCCGGCCAAUAGCGAACCUCUGCCGCACAUCCUUUUGCCAUUGGCAGGAACCCGAAGCCAAGUUCGGGUUUCGGCUUUCCACUUCCCGAUGUUUUUGAUGACUUGUUGCUUUUUCGGUUCCCAAAAUAGUCACUUAACGGGGCGUAUACUCAAUAUUCCCAACGUUGUCUCGCCUGGGAAAACAGGUGACUAAAGCACGCUUUUCCACAUGUUCCACGUUUAUCCAGAUUGACUUGUUUUCAGGGCUGACUGGGUUUCUUAAAAGCAAGAGGGCUAUUGUUUGACCGAGGGAUAGCCCAAGGUUGAAAACCCAGGGAGAAUAGAAUAGUUUUACGGGGUGAAAGAAUUGUCAAGGUGUUCUUGGGAUUUACUUGAAUUGGCUAACAUAAAAGGAAAACUUUUGAAAUGUUAUUUGAAAAGAUCAGGAUUAGUGGCAAAAUAAUAAUUUUAUGAAACCUCAUUUUAAAAUUUUAAAAAUUUGAUCAGUAUUUUUUGAAUUUAACCAGAAUUGAUUUUAUGUAGUGUGAAGAAAUCCGAAAUUAUAUAUGUAUUUAACAUUUAUUAAUUUCCUACAUAGCUAUAACUAUUAAAUGGUAAUAUUUCAACGUAGUAUAAUAAAUAUAUAAAUUUGGUAUUUCAUAGAAUAAAAAAAAUAUAUUGUUUUAAAACUUUUUAAGACAAACUAAAUUGUUUAAUCACUACAUUGAGAAAUUUAUAAAAUUAAAUUAAACAGACUUUUAGGGUUCUGGGAAAUCUGAUUCAUAGUUAAGCAAUUCUAUAAUUUAUCUAUGCUCUACGUAAAAAAAUAUUUCUUAUGUUAUGAACGGCUCGAAAAUAACCGGAAAAUACAAAUUUCUUAGAAAGUUUACCGGACCUAUGCCAACAGCAAAUAAUUAUUAAAAUCAUUGGAAACCUGAGUUAAACCUCAAUAGUUUGAAUACGCCAAUAGUUUUGCUCUUUUGAGAUUAAGUAUACGCUGAGCUGCAGCUACUACGCCGUGCCUUUGGAUUUACCCAUAGGGUGAAGCACCCUGCUCUAGACCCCCAACCACUCCCCCCGAGAGACCUACGUACAUUCCAUGACGCAGCGUUAAUUAGUAGGUGGCACAGAGGCAAUCCCGUGAAGCACAUUACGCAUACGUCACGUUUUACAGCCGCAUCACUGCCGAAUUAAACGUCCACGCACUCCAGCUGAUACAUGAAGUGUAUUGACCAUAUAUAUAUAUAUAUAUAUAUAUAUCAGGUACAGGGGGUGAGAUAAAGCCCUCUAUUGCGAAGCGACUGGAAACUUUUGAGUUGUAUUCGUAUCUCUAUCUGCUACCCUAUCUAUAUGUGUAUCUGUGUUUGCCUAUAUGUAUCUUCGAGUGCGCUUGCUGUUCAACGUGCACUUCUCUUUCUCUCGCAAUUAAUUUGCGACUGUGUGUGUGGCCGGUGUGUCCGCAACACGUGCUUAAAACUGUGCUAGACAGUGGGCUUUGGGUCAUAUUGAAAUCCGCGUGACUUGGCGGCAGCAGCGCUGCCUACGCCGACGUCGCUGCCUCUGUCCCCAGGUAUAUACAAAUAUAUAUAGCUGUGCUCAAAAUAAUAGCAGUAUUUGCUUUUUCUUAAACAAAUAGUGCAGGCAAAAAAUAGUUUAUGGUAUACCUUUAUACAUACAGAAUAAAAAUAAUAUAUAAAUAUGGUCUUUUGUAUUUUUAAAAACUUGAAUACCUUUUAAUUAUUAAAAAUUGUUUAGACUUUAAACAGAUUUGUUAUCCUUUAAAAAGUUUUUUUUAUUAAGGUUUUUUGUAUAAUUAUUUUAAGCUCUUGCUUUAAUUGGUAAACUUAAGAACUAAUAAUCAGUUUUAAUAUUUAUAGGCAAGUUAAAAGAAAAUAAUGAAGUCUUCAAAAUUUGUCUUUUAAAAAGCAAUUCAAAAAUAUUUUGAAAGGUUUAAUGUUUAUGGUAAUUAGGACAUUUAACAUAUGUCCAAUACUAUUAUUUUGAGCCCAGCUGUCUGUAUGUAUUAAUAUUCUCUUGUAUGAAUACAAAUAUUUUGCGGUACCAACAUUUGAUAAAAAAACUUGAAAAACAAUUAACAAAGUCGGAGAGGGAGAGCUGUUUUCGGACCUCCGCCCUUUACGUAAGCCGACUUACUUGCAGAAAAUUGCAAUAUUAGCUGGCUGAGAGAGCGGUAGCGGUGGCAGAGGCGUCGACUGCAGCGGCGACUGCAGCGGCGACUGCAGCGGCGGCAGAGAAAAACCAGAGACGGACAUUGAGACCGAGCAAAUUACUCGGCCGGCAUUCUGUCGCAUCGCGUUCUCAUGUGAAAAUCGUCGCUGCGCGUUCCGUGAUUUUUUUCCAAUCGAGCGGGAAAAACAAAAAUAUUCCUAACGCCAACAAAACAAACUAAUUGAAACAUAUUUUUCAACACACAAUAAAAAGUUCUGGAAGAACUUUAACCCAAGCAAGUCAUUUUUGCUAAAUAAAAAUCAAGUGCAAUAUAUUGUGAAAUUAAUCUAAAGUGUCUGUGUGUGUCAUAAAAAUUAACAACUAUUAUUGAAAAGGAAAAAAUACGCAGAAAGAAAGAAAGAGAGAUAGUAUCAGGCAGAGAGGGAAAAAACGAGAGAUCGGGAGAUCCCUCGAGAAUCUCUGUCCAUCGACGUCAAAGUUACGGAUCCAAUUUCAAACAGUUUAAUUUUUUUAAUUUUUCUACAAAACAACAAGCCCAAGAAAGAAAAAUACAAAGCCGAAACAACAAAAAACCCAAUGCAAAAAGCGAUCUCAUUUCUAAGCAGCAACCAAUUCUGAGAAUAAGAAAAGCAACAACAAAUUGGCUAUCAAUUGGCUGUAAAAAGAAGUAAAACACAAAAAGUGCUCAACACUAAUCUGGGUUUUCAAACCGGAAGCACAAUAUUUUCAGAUAGCACAGACAAAAGUUUAUGUUGCACUUAAAACUACAGUGAAACUAAGUGUAAAGACAAUGCGCACAACUUUCGGCCGUGGCCCAAAGUUUAUACUGCUGAUAAGCAAAUUCAAUCACGUUCAGCACAAGGAGGUGAUCACCUAAGAUCACAAGGAAAACAGUGAAAUUCCAUAACCAGUGAAAGGGUUAACCAGUGAGAAUAUCGGACCCAGUUUAAAGAACCAGUGACCAUGUCGUCGGAUACGAAUUCGUGUACCAGUUUUUUUGCCCAGGAGCAUGCCAAUGCCACCUUGUCGCAGUAUUUCCAGCAACUUAACUCUCAAGUUGCUGCUGCAGCGGCAGUGAAUAGUGGCAAUGGCAGCAACACAAGCGGUGGCAACAACAGCAGUGGCAACCUCAGCAGCAGCGGAAAUUCCGAUAGUGGCAAUGAUGGCAGCAUGACAGGAUCCUCGGGAACAAUGGACAACCAUCGCAGUAGUGUUAGUAGCAAUGAUUCGGGUAAAAGCAGUGCUGGAGGAGGUGGAGGUGGAGGUGGAACCACCAGCACCGCUAGCAACAAUGGCGUGAAUGCCUGGACAUUGCACCACCAGCAACACCAGCAACAGCAGCAACACCAACAACACGUACACCAGCAGCAUCAAGCACACCAGCAGCAUGUUGCCGCUGUCCUGCAUCAACAACAGCAACACUCUCAGCAUCACAACCAGCAGCAACAUCUUGGCCAUACGCUUCAUCCGCAUCAUACACACCAGCAACAGCAGCAACAACAACAGCAGCAGCAGCAGCAACAGCAACAACAGCAGCAGCAGCAGCAACAACACCACCAACAUCAGCAGCAGCAUGCACAGCAGCAACAUCAUGCCGCCCAGCUGGCCCAUACACUUUCUUCGGCCGCUGUUGCUGUUGCAGCGGGAAAUACCAAUGGCAAUACCAACACCCACUCCAUUUUUGGCACCGGCAACUUCCACUACAAGACCAACAAUUCGUGGACGCUGCCCACGCUGGCGUAUCAGCGGAUUUACCAGGAGAAUCACCAUUACCAGCGCAACUCCUUCAUGGAUCCACAGAGCAAUGCCGCUGCAGCUGCAACAGCUGCCGGUUGCAGUGCUGCUGCUGUUGCAGCAUCCACAGCAGUUGCAAGUGGCAAUCAGGGCUCUAAUGGAAAUAAUACCAGUGGCAAUAAUAAUCCUGCUGCAGUGGGAACUGGUAAUACAAAUACUGGGAAUCCCGGCCAAAGCAACAACAACAACAACAGCAGCAAUAGUAACAGCAACAGCAAUGUGUCCUCCGUGCAACAUGUGGCAAAUGCCGUGGCAGCAGCCGUGAUCGCCAACGAGCAUCACAACCAUUUGAACAGCCUAAAGUCCCGAUUUCAGCCAGCCAACACAGGUGAGGUGAAAAAGUCUGGAAAAUUGGGGGUAAUAUUAGGGUAAAUAUUCUGAAAGCUACAAGAAAAUUAAGGAAAACAGGGUGCACAAAAUUAGUACCUAAAACCGUUCAUUAAUAAUAGUUAAAACUCGAAUGUUUAUGUGUUUCCCUAACGCUAUAGUAUAAGUUAUUCAAAGUGUUUCUCGUUGGAUUUAACAUUAGUUGAGUAUAGUUUUCUGAAUAGUUACUUGGCCUUGUAAGUAAAUACAGAAAAGUACAUUACAAAUACAAUGGAAACCGAAAACAACUGAUAAAAUGUAUGACUAUUUUGGUGGUUUUUUAUUUUUCUUCAAGCUUGUCUUGUAUUAGAAAAUUACUAUUCCGUUGCAAACUCUUGAUAUAUGCCAAAAGCCCUUCGCGAAAUAUCUGUAGAACGUCUAUCUGCAUCCCGCGGGCUGAUAUCAUCCGACGUCAGCGGCCGAGAACUUUGCGCAUUGCGAGCUUGUAAAGCGCAAAAGUCAAGAAAGCUUGCCGCGCACACGUGAGCUCAGCUGGGCUAAUGUAUACUAUACUAUAUGUGUAUAUAUAUAGUCCAUAUAUACUGUACUCACUGACGUCGACGGUUCGAAUUGAAUAGGAAAUGGAAUUCGAAAUGUGAAUACAUCGGCAAAUGUAUCUUUGCACUGAGGGAUCGCCAAGUUUAUUGGUUAGCAGCCUACCACAAGGGAAAUUUCAUUAAAUUCAGCUAUUUCCUUUUUUUUUAUUGAUAAAAUGAAUUUAUUUUCGCGACCUAGGCCAAACUGCGUUGCAGUUUAAAAAAACUUUAUUUAGUAUAUAACACUAAACUGUUAAGUGCCUAUAUAUACAUAUGUCUAUAUCUUAGUUUUCCAAAGGGAAUUUUUAAUUUUGUAUAGCAAUUGGAACUGGAAAAUUUGUUCAUAUGCCGUUAAAUUUUUCAUUUAAUAGUAAUUAAACGAGAACAUCUGUGUGGCAUUUGGUUUUUUUUUAGGCCAGACUAAAAGUUUUUUCAAUGCUGCUAGAUUUCAGUUUUCUUUUUGGCACAUCCUUUCACCCUUUUUGAUCUACUUAGUCAAUGCAUUUGGCACAAAUCCUUUUGAAAAUCGCGACUGAGCUGCCACCAAUUUUCAUGAUUUUUCCAUGGUUUUUCCACCUCUUAUUUUUUUUAACUGACCUCAGUUGGUCAACGUUGAGAAAAUGCAUUUGGUUUGAUUAGAUUUCGGAAUUAGGCUGAUGAGAUUUUUAUGACAGAUGAUAUGGAAAUGCAUAUUUCAAAUGAAAUGUGGGUGGUCUUCCAGCUCU